AAUGGAUCAACCAGUGAAGCGGCUCACAUUCGGUCUGUGCAUAUUUGUGGUCAUCGGGAAUUGGCGAAUCGGCGUAGAAGGCUCCGCAGGAUGCCAUUAUUUCAGCAUCCAAUCGGAGGACUAUUUUGAUUCGGUGGCUGUGUGCCAAAAAUUUAAAAUGUGCUUGGCCGACCUGAGCACCAAGGCUGCCUUCGACGAGCUGGAGGAUAAACAGACGGACCGAGCAGAGUAUUGGUUCGGAUUAAAUGGAUACGAGAAGCCCGAUUUAAGCUACAUCUCCAGCAGCAAGCCCAAGGACUACCUGCCGCCGGAAUCAGAGAUCUCAGUUAGUCACUCAUGUGGCUUCCUAAAACCUCGGCCAAAUAACAAAUACGUCAUUGGGACAGCACAAUGUGGGCUGCUCAAGCGAUUUGUGUGCACCCCCUCCGCCAUGUGCAAUGGUGUGCCGACAAACAGCAGCUUGGUGCAACACUUUAGCAAGGGAAUGACCUGCAAUAUAAGUGCAGAAACAAGUUUAUUACUAACUCUUAAACCGUGA